GUCUGCAGGCCGUGACGAACCCGCCUCCACAUGAGCUUCGCAAGGUUGAUUGAUGCCGAGUUACUUAAUACCUGACCUUGUCAUCAACCUCCUCGUCCAGCCCCAGGCAGGACAUCUCCAGUCUCUCCCUUCGACCAUAUCGACCUGGCCCCCGAUUUACGACCAUUUGAAGCUCCUCCUCCUUCGAACAUUGCUCAGCCGUCAAGCGCCUUGUAUUUUGCUUCUUUGCUUGUCGUCGUCCGACUGAGCAAGCCGCCUCCGUUUGUGCGUCGCACUCGCGCUGGUCCCGACCUCACGGACAAACCCUCACAUACGCCCAGCACCCAAGCGGUGGGCGCCUCAACCACACACGCAAAUACUCGCGUGGCUGUCACAUUUCUCUGCUCUGCAUUGCGAGAACGGCAGACCGUAUCCACCAUCGUCCUCUGCGCAGUUGUCGAGCACCGCAAUUCAGCCCUCACUCCGGGAGCUCGAACCCAACGACAGUGUGUCCUCCAGCUACUGCGCGCUGGAGGGCGCCUGGUCCAAGAUGGCCAGCCCUACACUGAACUUCAUUACUUUCAAUCAGGACCACAGCUGUCUUGCCGUCGGCACGUCCAAGGGCUUUCGUAUCUACCACACAGAUCCCUUCUCAAGGAUAUUCACUAGCGAUGACGGCAACAUCGCCAUCAUAGAGAUGCUCUUCUCCACCUCUCUGGUCGCCCUGAUCCUGUCCCCCCGCCACUUGAUCAUACAAAACACAAAGAGAGCCUCCGUUAUCUGCGAACUCACAUUCCCUUCUGCCGUGCUCGCCGUUCGACUGAAUCGCAAGCGCCUCGCUGUCGUCCUCGAAGAAGAGAUAUACCUAUACGACAUCAGCAACAUGAGCUUGCUCUACACCAUCCCCACCUCUCCGAACCCCUCAGCGAUAUGCGCCCUCUCGCCGUCCUCAGAGAAUUGCUUCAUCGCAUAUCCACUUCCAAAGCCCCGGGAGGACUCAGACAAUAGGCGUCCAUCACACGCCCCCCCGCAGUCGACCUACGUGGCCCCCACCUCCGGAGAAGUGCUGGUCUUCGACACAUUGACACUCAAGGCAGUCAACGUCAUUGAGGCUCAUCGAUCUCCCCUGUGCUGCAUAUGCCUUAACAGUGACGGCACCCUGCUUGCGACGGCCAGCGAGACAGGUACAAUCAUCCGGGUGUUUUCUGUCCCGCGCGGUCAGAAGCUAUACCAGUUUAGGCGCGGAACGUAUCCAUCAACUAUCUACAGCAUGUCCUUUAACCUCAGCUCUACUCUCCUUUGUGUCUCCUCCACAUCAGAUACGGUGCACAUAUUCCGGCUAGGGGCCCCUCCCGGCAAUACAACACCCGCAGGGGCACCUAUUGAACCGCCAGGCUCACCGAGGCAAGACCGCUGGUCACGUGCCCGAAGUUAUGAAGAUGCCGACUCGCCUGGCAAUAGCGCUGCCGAGUCGCCACGGAGUGACGCUGCCGAGCUCACGGCGGCCAACACUCCCACCGGUGCCAACAAGCAGGGCCAUCGUAGACAGAGUGGAUCUUUCAGCAACAUGCUUCGACGGUCGUCGCAAAUCAUGGGACGCGGUGUAGCCGGGGUGGUCGGGUCCUAUCUCCCAUCGUCAGUCACUGAGAUGUGGGAACCGCUGAGGGACUUUGCCUAUAUCAAAAUCCCCAAAUCGGCCGCAUCCGGAGCCCAACUCCGUAGCGCGGGAACCACCCCGGCAGGGCCCCUUCGCAGCGUCGUGGCUAUGAGCAGCAGCAGCCCUCAGGUGAUGGUAGUUACAAGCGACGGCGGGUUCUAUGUCUAUAACAUUGACAUGGAGAACGGCGGAGAAGGCUACUUAGUUAAGCAAUUCUCGGUUUUGGAAGGGGACGAUAAGAACGAUAUCUCAACAUACGGAGGAUAGGUAGACAGGACACCGUAGUGAUCUGUACUAGACGGCACGCAAGCCUGAGUCGAGGCUCGCCAAGCGACUAAAGAUGUGUUUUGGAUGGAUGUGACGAGUACCUGUGCCUAUAAUCGAAAUUGCAGGGUGCUAAAUCCGCACGUCGCAAAGCAACAAACGCUACGUUCCUUUCCUACAUCGUCACGUUCUCUUUGAAUCCAGGCUUUGCCAGUGUCUUGUAUUCCCUCCAGCCAUGACUUGGAUGCGGCAGGCGCAUCAGCACGCUGAGGACGAGAGAGAUGAUAGCUUGCAUAGAGCGGCACCGGCGGUCUCAAUCGGACAAGAACCCGU